AUGGAAGUUCCACCAGCGGCGAUUUCGCCAGAAAAAACACGUGGACAAGAAGACGAUAGCCUUUCAAAGAUAUGCGAGGAAAUGAAAACCUGGCUUUCCGGUUCGCCGGCCGUGAAGUGUGUCGAAUCCGCUGAUGAAGACACGAAAAUAAAGUCGUCGAAACCGGCCACCGCUGUCUCCAGCAAAGCUAGCUCGUCAAUCCUGGUCUUGCCCAAAGCGGCCUCUGACGCAAAUGCAGAGUCUGAGAGCGUUACAAGCGCAGAUAUGCGUAAACUUGAAGCAGCUACUAUCCUGUCAAAUGGCCCUUCAAAUCUACCAGCUGAAACUGAGAAAGCGAUGAGCCAGCUUGGUACCAGAGGCCUAACAGCUCAGGAUGAUUGUGGCACACCAGUUGGAGAGCAGCAUGAAAAGAUCAAAUCCAUUGGGUCAUCGAAAUCAACCCCUCAUGCCUCUACUUUGCUUUCAGACACUCCACUUCCUGCACCAUUACACAUCAUUCAGGCUGCCACAGCUGUUGAGCCUGGAGAAGAUGUGAAGAGAAGGCUUAGUUGGAGCGUUAGCAACGUUUCUCCUACAGAAGGGGGGCAUGAAGAGGGUUCGUCCUCGCUCAGCUCCGUUGUCGAUCAAGAAGCCGACAGCCAUAUCGUGCAUCUUUCUUCUGUACCCAAUGCCCAGGAAAAGAUUGCGCAUGAAUACAACGGUAUCAUUCUGUAUGAUUCAACAGCGGAAGGCUCCAAUUGUCUGAUAGGAGCCUGGCUCACCAAAUUCCGGGGAUUGCCUUCUGUAACCGUUCCUUACGAAAAUCUUUGUAACGAAUCCUUUGUCCAAUGCGUUAUUGACACGGAGAAUGGAGAGUUUCUUGCUCCCAUUCCACAACCAGAAACUGUUCGAGACAUGGUGGACGGUCCCUGCGAAGGUUAUAAUGAUAUCGGCUGGCGACAAGUGAACAUGACAUCGAAUCUUUACAUAAGUCAGGAGAUCAAGAGCCGAGAAAAUACUGCAAGGACAUUGCGCAUGACUUUGGAGCAGCUCGAUCACAAGCCAGAACCGAUAGUCGGAACUGAGGAAGAGCAUUGGCCAAAAGCAAAGUGUGUUAUCCGACCAGCUGCACCACAAGACUUUGCCCAAAUUGCAAAAAUCAUCAAUGCUGAAGCAGCAAAUACAUGCAAUGCCCAAAUCUUCCAAGACAAACUGGCAAUGGUUGAUGAUGUCUGCAAGAUAUUCGAUGCUUGCGUCGCUGAGAGUAGACCAUUCAUCGUUGCCAUACCUGCCCAAGAUGACUUCCUAGACCAGAGCAAGUGGCCAAGAGACUCCGACGAAGUUUACCAGGAAUUUGCAAAGUACAUGGCUGCAAAGCCAAAACCGGCCGCUCCAGUUGCUGGCUUUGCAUUUGUCUCCGACUAUCGGAUGAACUUGUAUGGAGCUCCGUGUCUUUCAUCGCGCUAUACUGGGCAAGUAAGGCUAGCAGUACACCCUGAUCACCAACGCAAACUGUACGGAUCUGCACUCAUGGAUCGGCUUUUGCUCUCAAUUUCCCCUUUUCGCAGGAGUACACUGGAUUACGUAUGGGAAUGCGACGACCCCAAAGAUGUUUACCAAUUUCCCGUGACGCGCAACAGACGCCAGUACACCCAACUGUACUUUGAGCACUUUUUUUCGCAAGAGGAUUCGGCAGCUUAUCAACCGGGGGCUGAGUUUCUCGGAAAGUUUGGCUUCCAAGAAAUUGGAUACUUCAAGAACGCGGCCGUUCGAUUUGACGACCAACACCAUAACCACUGGCUGAACAUGGUGGUAUGGCAAACCGAUAACACGCCCACUUCAAAAAUUGUCGCUAGACCCCAGUUGUCUGGAUCAGCAGCAGGUAACAAUUGA